CCAGUGGUCGACAGUGUUGAAACUAUGAAGAAAACCCCAUAGUUAUGGUUUCGUAGUGAUUUUCGGUGACGUUCUUGAAACUGAGAAGAAAAUGAGCCCCACUAGUGGAGUGAAUGCCACAGAAUGCCCCCCUUAUUAUAUUCCUACUACUCAACAAUAUUUGUCAGAGACGGAUGUUUAUGGCAUCACACUCAUUACAGCGGGAACUGUGCCGGUUCUUGUGGUCUUGGCAUUGUUUGUGGACACGUUAUUCUACAUCAUGAAAAAUGCUUCUCCCAGAGUGAAAACUCAUUCAGCAUUUGUCAUCGGCGUUUAUCCUGUUGUCUCCUUGGUGACCUACCUCGCCAUCCUAGUUCCAAGAGCUCACCUCCUCGCAGAAGCCAUCACGCAAGGCAUGUUCAUGUCGGGCAUGUACCAACUCUUCUGUCUCUUCGUGGCUUACUGUGGGGGAGAGGCCAACCUAGUGGAGAAGGUCAAACCCAACACUCUGAGGUUACAAGCACCACCGUGUUGCUGUUGGCCAUGUUGUUUCUUCCUGCCGGAUUGCAGAGUAACCAAAUCAACUUUAAGAUCACUGAGGUUGUUGGUGCUCCAGCUUCCUGUGGUACAAGGACUGGUUUACCUGAUAUUACUUGUUAUGUGGGCAGAAAGAGAGAGCCUAUAUCAAGUAAACUACUUGUAUCUUCAGCCAAUCGUCUUUCUGUCGAUAGUUUUGGGGAUAUGGUCCAUGUCAAUGCUGAUCCGGCUUCUGAAGGCCAAUCUCGACCAAGAAUAUUUGCUUUUUGGCAAGUUUUUAGUGCUGCAACUGGUUUUGGUUUUUGCAAAACUGCAAGGACUGAUCUUCCGUGUUUUGGUGUCGAAUGGGAUUUUUCCCUGUAGAUCACCAAUAACGCCACAAGUUUACGCAAAUCUAAUACACAACACUUUGAUGUUAUCUGAAAUGAUUUUGCUGGGAGCUCUUGCUAGACGACUCUACAAAAGGCAGCUUCCCGAUAUUGAUACCGAUGUGAUUUCGAUAAGCACUAUUGGACGAAUGAUGGAGAAGGGAAACAUCAAUAAUAAUGAUAAUAUUAGUAGCAAUUUGAACUCUAAACUGUCAAAGUGCGGUAUUGAUAAUACUGGAGCUGAGAUUGAUCUUUGAAGAAGAACUUAUCUUGACGUAAAUAGUGAAGUGAACUGUACCAUGAACAUUGCGUGUAUACGCAAUUGACAACUGAUUAUGUUCAGUUGCUCUUGUUUGAACAUGUAGACUGAUGAAAAUAAAAACAUUUUUUGUAUUCUA